AUGUUCUUUUGGAGGUUGAUGAUAUUACACUUCCCCCACAUAAUUGUAAGAGGUCUGUGGAUUCAUGAUUUUACAACGUAUGGUUUUGUGCUGUCGAAUAGUAGAAAACCGACUCAAAGUCAAAAGCUGCCAAGUCCUUUCGAGGCGACAACAUUGCUCGGCUGGAUAUUCCUGCUGAUUUCAUAUCUGCUGAUGGGGAGAUCUUCGGUUGAUUCAACAAGUGGUUUUUCAGGAUGA